UUCAGCCCUUAAAGUACAAUUAGGGUAAAAGUAUAUUUCAAUCUUUCAUCUUCCACUUUAAACAUUGAAACAAAAUUCAGCGCCGUCAGCCUGCAUCAGCUGCUAAGACGAUGACACGGGAGGGUCGAGAACAGCAAGGGACCGGUCGAGAGUAGCACCGGUCCCUCGGUCUUUCGCCGGCGAGGAGGGUCGGUCGACCCUCCUGACCCUCCCGUGGUUCCGCCACUGUGUUUGGCAAAUGUGUGUUUAUAUGUGUUUGGCUACAAAUGCGGCGUCGUAUCCGAAUACUGUAGCUUUAGUUACUUCUGUCAGGAAUUUUCCUGAAAGUAGAGGUAGUGUUAUAGGAAUCCUGAAAGGGUAUAUUGGUCUAAGUGGAGCAAUUAUGACUCAACUUUACCAUGCUUUCUAUGGCAAUGAUUUCAGGUCUCUUAUCCUCCUAAUUGCUUGGCUUCCGUCCAUCGUUCCGUUAGUGUUUCUGCCAACGAUUCGAAUCAAAAAGUUUAUGUUGAAAAAUAAGUUAAAAUAUGCAGUUAUAUAUAAGUAUUUUAAUUAAAUUUUAGUUAAUUAAUUUUGAAGAAUUUUCUAUAUUUUUUUUUCUUUAUUUUCUUGAAUACCUGAAUUUUAUAUUAUUUUCAAAUUAUCAACAGGUUGUUCAACAAGUGAAGGAGCUUCAGGUUUUCUACUACUUCCUCUACAUUGCGCUUGGACUUGCCGGGUUUAUGAUGAUUAUUAUUAUCAUACAGAACAAGCUGAAAUUUACUAGAUCCGAGAAGAACAAGAAACACACCCCGGAAGCUGAAAACCUACCAAUACAAUCUUCGGAAUCAAAAUUAAACCCGCUUUCUUGCUGGAAGGGCAUUUUCGUCAUUUGCAACUUUCAGGAUAUUUUCAAGAAACCAGAAAGAGGUGAGAAUUACACUAUCCUUCAAGCCAUUUUCAGUAUUGACAUGUUAAUCCUUUUCAUUUCAACAACCUGUGGAGUUGGUGGAGCAUUGGCCGGUAUCGACAAUUUAGGUCAAAUUUCUGAUUCAUUAGGCUACAAAAAGCAUAGCAUAGCCACUUUUAUAUCUCUUCUAAGCAUAUGGAACUUUCUUGGAAGAAUCCUGUCAGGUUUUGCAUCUGAAAUAGUCCUGACAAAAUAUAAUUUCCCUCGUACCUUAUUUCUUACAUUGUUCAUACUCUUAUCUUGUGUUGGACAUGCCUUAAUAGCUUUUGGAUUGCCAAAUUCACUUUAUUUUUCUUCAAUUAUUCUUGGGUUUUGCCUAGGGGCACAAUUGUCAUUAGCUUCCACCAUUAUAUCAGAAAUGUUUGGGCUGAAACAUUUUUCCACUUUGUAUAGUGUUGGGUCAGUGUCAAGCCCAAUUGGGUCUUACAUUUUUAAUGUCAAAGUGGCUGGUCAAUUAUAUGAUAAGGAAGCAUUAAAACAAAUGGAAAGUUUAGGGAUUAAAAGAGAUAUUGACAAGGAGUUGAGGUGUGAUGGUGUGCAUUGUUUCAGGAUGGCAUUUGUUGUAAUUACUGUGGCAACAUUUUUUGGGUUUCUUGUUUCAAUCAUUUUGGUGCUUAGGACUAGAAAGUUUUAUAGAAAGUUUAGGGAAGGAGUGAAUUCAUUUGAAGAGAUUGAACCCAAAAAUCCUGUAAGUUAAAUAUUUAUAAAAUGAGAAAAUAAUUAGUUUGGCCGA